ACGUCCUCUAGCUGCACUGUUCUCAGUAAUGCAACAUGUUGCGCUCGACGUUCGCGUCGAAUAUCCGUCUUUCGUCUCUUGUGAGCUCUCGCCAAGUUGUGCUACAGCGUAACUUUGGAAACCGAAGGAAUGUCUCGCAUUGGACCACACAAAAAUCACUGCAAAUAAAUGCAACACGUAGUACUUUUGUCACGAAAUCACCUCGACAUGAGGUGGCAGUAAAACUCCGUUCCUCUUUACCGCGUCGACAUGGCCACUUCGUAGGUGCUUUGCUCGCCAGUGUCCUCAAGGUGUCUGCUUCCAUCCAAUUCGCCAGUAUGAUCACCAAAAUCGCCUUGACUUUCGUACCCUUCCUAGCUGUACGGAAGAUCAUCGUACGCAAGUACCUCAACUAUGUCAUCCAGGAAAAGCCAGAGCUGGAAUACAAGCGCGGCAAACUAGAAGAAAAGCUAAGGAAAAAUACCAGACUAUAUCGUGCGCUUAUCGCCGUUCCGAUUGUCAUCUUCGGCCUUACCUUCGUGGCCAGUCUCGAACGCACACCUUUAUCAGGUCGUUGGCGUGUAAUUCUCCUCUCACCAGAGGAGGAAGACGCGAUUUUGAAGCAGUUGCAGGGGGAUGGGUGGUACCGCGCUGUACUGGAAGUGAUUUCCCAGGAUGGUUCACCUGAUAUCAUACCACCUUCCGAUUGGCGUUACCAAGUUGUUGAAUCUGUGUUACGACGACUUGAGAAGACGAUUCCUAUCCUUGCGGUUGAGAAACGAUUGGAACUUCCUUGGCCUGAUAGAGAUCCCGACGAUGUGCCCUUCCCUCCUCCUGCUAACUACCCACUCACGCCUCGACCUUCUGCGAAGGAAUACCUUCGUUGGUUUUGUGACAAUUGGUGCUGCGAGUCACGGAAAAUGAGAUCUAAACACCAACCGGCUCCUCCCCUGGUGUCAUCAACUGUGGAAACAGACAUCAACGCCCCGCAUCUGAUCCCUGGGCCGCCGUACAACCUCGUGCUCGUUGACCGUCCAGACUGCGACAAUGCGUUCUCUUUUGGGUUCGGACCUGAUGGAGGUGGCGGUAUAGUCGUUUACUCGGGCUUCCUAGACCGCGUCUUUGGUAAAAACCCUACCAAUUCGGUCAUCAACGCCCCUCACGAGGAGCAUGGUCCUCCUCCAUCUCGAUCAAUGGUUUCAGAGCUUAUAGGCUCUCUCCUUGCGUUUUCCUCCACCUCCGGGUCACAAGCUACUUCACCUUCAUCACGAGCACACCACCACCACCACCAAAAUUCCUUACCACCCCCCAUCACUCCCACAGAAGAACAAAUCACUCAACUCGCUAUCCUAUUAGCACACGAACUCUCACAUCUCAUCUUAUCACACCAUCUUGAGACGCUUUCUGCUGGGACUGUCUUCAUCCCUGGUGCGAUAUCUAUGUUCUCCGAUUUACUUCGUGCGGUUCUGUUCCCGAUUACGAUGAUCUUUGGACCGUUUGUGAAUGAUGCUGUUGGGAAUCUGGGGAAGAUCGGGGCAGGGGAGUUCGCGAAGAUAACGGAAUACUGCUCUAGCAUGAACCUCGAAUUCGAAGCCGACGCCGUCUCAGCCCGUAUCCUCGCCCACGCAGGGUUCGACGCCCGUCACAUGGUCUCCUUCUGGGAACAACGUCGUGACGCAAACUUAUCAGAAUGCUCCUCCUCUCGCUCAGCAGAACACGCAAAAGACUAUGACUAUGAAGGGUCUCUCGUCGUCUCCGCACUUGAAGACGGCGCGAAUAAAAGUCUUGGUGUGAGGCUGGCGAGGAGGAUUGUAGGUGCAACGCACCCUGCGCAUGAGGCGAGGUUGUUGAGGUUGAAGAGUGAGUUACAGAGGUGGGAGAUUGAGCGUGCGAAGGCUAUUAGAAGGAGGGAGAAGAGGAAGAAGAAGGGGGGGAUGUGGAAGAAAGAUGGAGAAGAGAAGGAUGGCUAGAUGGAUCUUUGUUGAUUCGUUGACCUGGAGCAGGUGUUGUUGUGUGGAUCGUUAUUGACCACGCCUUUUUUGGUUCAGCAUCGGAUGGACGUGGAUAAGGGAUGAACGUCGAGAUCGUACUUAUCAUGUUGGGACAAUGGCGAGACAAGCGCUCGCGAUAGUUCUGCUGGCGCUUCCCAGAGGCAACAACGUGGACGUUCUCGCGACGCAGCGUUAGCUCAUACCAUAGCAUUUGCUGGCCCCACCAUUCCUAGAAGAACUAUGUUGGCUUUCGUUUUGGAUAUUCUCUCUGGAUAGCAGCUAGCCAAUUUCGUACAGGAAUAUCUUAAAAUCUGACCUGCUUUUUACUUUGUUUCUUCGUUUUCUGGUAUCUCUCUGUAUUUAUAAACAAAUUUAACCCCCGC